AUGGAGCCAUCGCAGCUUGUGCCAGAGGAGAGUUUGCUUCCCUGGGGACGGGCUAGCAAGCCAGCACAAAAAUGUCCUCCCUGGCCUCAGGGCAAGGAGAGUGGUGGAGCGAGGCUCUUCGGGCUGGAUGCAGGACACAGCACCUGGGUGCUGCAGCAGAAGGCACAGUCGGUGCAGCUGGAGCUGGAGAGCUGCCUGCGCAACCAGCACGUCUUCAACCGCAUCGCCGAGGUGCUGCGGGAGAAGGGCAUCCACCGGACGGGCGACCAGUGCCGGGAGAAGAUCAAGAAGAUGAAGCUGGAGUACCGGCGGAUCAAGGACAACAGCAAGGCCCCGCGGGGCGGCCGGACCUGGAAGUUCUACGAGGUGAUGGACCGGGUGCUGACCAGCCGGCCCGCCCUGGCCUACGGGCCGCUGGGCGGCAGCGUGAUGGCUCAGCAGGUGCUGCAGGGCAGCAUGGUGGAGAGCUACCACCAUCACCAGUUUGCCGCCUCGGCCCUGCCCUUUGGACACUCCCAGCACCCCGAACUGAUGGAGAUCAAAUGUGAGGAGGUGAACUCUGAUGAGCACUGCUUGACCCCAGAGCCCCCACCAUCCAUGUCUUACCAGCAGGGCUCCCCUGAAGAGCAUGAGAUGGAGAGAGCCUUCUUGGAGAGGGCCCAGAAUGACUCUCCCAUCUCCAGGGUGGAGAUUCCCAUUGAAACCAGUGUUUCACCUUCAGGUUUCAGUGAGCCCAGCAUGGCAAACUCAUCACGGAUCCAGAAUGUGGUUCCCCGGCCUGGCUUCUCCGCCUUGCAUCGGCUGAGAAAAAAGCGUAAAGGCCAGCGCAUGAAGGACCCUCUCGACGAUCUCUUGCUGAAGACCCUGACAUCUCAGCGGGCCAUGGAAGAGCGCUUUUUGCAGAUGGAGGAACGCCGAUUUCAGCGAGAUUUGGAUGUGGAGGAGCGUCGGAUGCAGCUGGAGCAGCGCCGUUUUGAACUGGAGCGGGAGCACGAGUUUCGCAUGUUCAACGUCUUUGCUCAGAUGCUCAGCAUCCUCAAGCAGAGCCAUAGCGGCUCCUCCUCCUCCGUCACGAUGCCUCGGGGCUUGGACUUCAGCCAGGCACUGUCUGAAAUUGCGGGAAUGGGAGGAGGAGGGGGCAGCCUGCAAGAGAUGAGGGCUCGGCGGGUCGAUGUGCACGGCUUCUGGAACCCCGGCGACUUCCCGAGAAGCCCCUACCCCUCUGCUCGCGGCAAACUUGCCAACAUUUUUCGUGGCUCCACUGAGGAAGGGUACAAAGCUUAUCAUGCCGACAAGUAUGAUGAAGACAAGAACCCCAACGGUAUAAUAAACUUUGGCACCAGUGAGAAUAAACUCUGCUUUGACCUGAUGUCUAAGCGGCUGACACAGACCGAUAUGAACCUGAUGGAGCCUCCGCUGCUUCAGUAUCCCGACUGGAAGGGCCAUAUGUUUUUACGGGAGGAAGUGGCUCGAUUUUUGACCUAUUACUGCAAGGCCCCUGCACCUCUUAAGGCAGAAAAUGUGAUUGUUUUAAAUGGUUGCGGCUCAUUAUUUUCUGCAUUAGCUACAGUGCUGUGUGAUCCAGGGGAAGCUGUUCUUAUUGCUACUCCCUUUUACGGUGAUAUCACCCAGAGUGUCUUCCUCUAUGGUAAUGUCAAGCUGGUGUAUGCCUAUUUAGACAGUAAGAUUACUGGAACAAGCACUCGGCCUUUUCAGCUUACAGUGGAAAAACUGGAAAAGGCCUUGCAGGAUGCCAGGGCAGAGGGUGUCGCUGUAAGGGCCUUAAUUCUUCUGAAUCCCCAGAAUCCUCUUGGAGACAUCUACUCCUUGUCAGAGCUACGGGAUUACCUGGAAUUUGCUAAAAGACAUGAAUUGCAUGUGAUAGUAGAUGAGAUCUACAUGCUGUCAGUUUUUGAUGAAUCAGCCACGUUUCACAGUGUCCUAGGCAUGGACAGAUUGCCUGAUCCACAGCGGACUCACGUGAUGUGGGGAAUAAGCAAGGAUUUUGCUGUUUCUGGGAUUCGUUUUGGUACUUUGUAUACAGAGAACCAGGAUGUUGCUAAUGCAGUGGCUUCUUUGUGUUAUUUCCACGGGGUCUGUGGACCCGUCCAGCACAAGGUUGCACAGCUGCUUAGAGACAGAGAUUGGAUCAACCAGGUAUACCUGAGGGCCAACCAUGCCCGGCUAAAAGCUGCCCAUACGUAUGUGACAGAUGAACUGAAGACUCUUGGGGUUCCUUUUCUCAACCGCAAUGCAGGCUUCUUCGUCUGGAUUGAUUUUCGAAAGUACCUUAGGACAGGCACCUUUGAGGAGGAGAUGCUGCUCUGGAGGCGUUUUCUGGAUAACAAGGUCCUCCUGUCCUGCGGAAAAGCCUUUGAAUGCAGUGAACCGGGAUGGUUCCGCAUCAUCUUUGCUGACAAGACCCACCGGCUACAGUUAGGUGAGUAAUG